AGUUUCGAUUUCUCGUUCAACUAAAUAGCCAAAUAUCCUCUUAAAUCUCAAUCAAUGUUGUCUGAGUUUUUUUUAAGGAUCGUACUCUAAAUCUCUUUAAAAUUUUCAAUCUUCGACAUUAAGAAAUUAACUAAUCAACUAGGUAUCAAUUUUGGGCGUUACGAGGGUGCUAAUCCUUCCUCAUACGUAACCGACUCCUUAACUCAUUUUUUUGAAUUUCGUAGACCGAAAUUAUUGUUUUAAUAAAUCAAAUCAUUUAUUAUUAUAACAUCUUUUACGAGGUGACCCAGUCACACCUCAUCAAAAAAGAUUGGUGGUGACUCUCGUUUUCUUCUUCAUUUUAAAAAAAACCAAGUCGACGCCGUUUUACCCGAAAAAAAUGUGUCAACAGCUUGGCGACUCCACUGGGGAUGUAACACGAGAGUCAAGCCACGAGUUGAUUACUUUUUGUAUUUUUUUCGAAAAUUGAAGAUUUGGUUUAAAUUUACGAUCCUUUCAUUGCAUUUCAUUCGUCUUUAUUUCAGUUUUUUUAUUGUGAUUUGAUUGCUGUGGUAGUUUAAGCUUGGUAUAUUGCUGCAUUGCAUUGCCUGACCUUGGGUCACACCCUGCUAAGUGGGAGAGAGAAACUAGUCCUUCGUGAGGUUUUCACCUCCGUGUAGGAUAGUGGAUCGCUUCCGGGAUACAUUUGUACUGAUGUCUUCGUGAGAUUUUCAUCUCUGUGUAGCCAUAAGGAAAUGUGUCCCCCUGAAUUGAACUCGAUCCGUAUGAACCUAUAAUGGGUGAGGAUUGAGGAAUCUGCAAGUUCAGGUACCCUUACUUUAGAAUCGAACCUCAUAUAACGAGCCUUAAGAGCUUACCCUAGGUAGAGCCAUGCCAAACCCUUAAGAGCUUAACGUGCAAUACUAACUUAUUUUGGUUUGCUUUGAUUUUGAUUGCAUGACAUUUUCAUUUCUAAAGAGGUGUUGGUUAACAUUCAAUAUCUAAAUAGAGAAGCUCAACAUGGAAAGGAAGUUUCUUGGUAAAGUGGAAGACAAUGCGGCUGUCCGAGUUUGGUCCGAAAAAGUUUAGCAAGAAAAAGGUGAUAGCCUAAUGGAAGGAUACGCAUCAGAAUUAUGAGACUCCACUCACAUUAGUGUGACUCAGGAUGGUGUGCAAUAAUAAAAAGAGAUAUGGAACCAGUGGGAUAACGAGAUCAAGCAACUCUUUUAUAGCAACUACGGUGAUCUGCAUUAUUUGCUUGAUAUUUGGUACCUACAGUAGAGGAAUAUACAACCUUGCUAUGGUGUCCGAGGAUCCAAGUUGACAAAGUCUACUCGAGAGCAGCUAAUGUUCCGACAUUCUUGAAGAAAUUAAUGUGCAUCACCGGAAUGAGCGAGCAAUGGGUUGCAGCCCGGAUUAAGCAAAAUGGGGACAGUAAAUGCAUACCUUGGAAAAACUUGCAAGAUCUGAUCUUGACACGUCCGGAUAUAAAGAAGAGGGUUGAUAUCUUUACAUUAAGCAUUUAUGGCUUAGUUGUCUUCCCUAAGGCAUUAGGCCAUGUGGAUGAAGCAGUUUCAGAUUUAUUUGAUAGGCUUGACAAGGGAGUCACACCGGUCCCAACAAUUUUGGCUGAAACCUUCAGGUCCCUAAAUGCGUCUAGAAGGGCGGAUGAAGGAAGGUUCAUCGGAUGCGUGCAGUUGCUAUUGGUGUGGUUCCAUAGUCACUUUUGGAAGGUGGAAAAGGUCUCAUAUCGGGUCUUCUCAGAAAAUUACUCCCCAUUAAAAGAGCUAGUGGCUACACCAAGACGAGACGACAUCACAGAAGAGAAGUGGAUGGCAAUUCUCCACAGUCUUCAAGAAGAUGACGUUGAAUGGAAAGCUCCUUGGAUGGUGCCGGACGAGAUCUUAUAUCGAUGUGGGGACUUCCACUGGGUCCUUUUACUUGGAAUUUGGGGAGCUGUCGAAUAUACCCCUUUGCUUGUAUUAAGACAAUAUAGGUCGAGAUAGUUUACACCGGCCACAGUUCGAGUUCUCUUAUAAGGAUGAUAACUAUAAGAGAAAAUUUUAAGAAAUAUCUAACGCUUGGAAACGAGUUCACCGGAUGAAAAGAUUUACUGUAGGGGCAAUGACAACUCCCAAAUAUUAUGGGUGGUGGAGCAAAAGGGUCAAUGACAGUAUCCCUUGGCCGAGAGAAGAUUGCGUUCAGUCUCUAGAGGAACAGCUGCAAGUAGUUUCGUCGGAAUUGGAGUUCAUCAAAAAGGACUUUGAAAAAAGGAGUUCGGAGUGGGGAAAGAAGAUAGAGCGGCUAGAAGAGGAGAAGAUGCGUUUGGGGCUAGACGUCGAUAUCCACAAGCUAGAAGCUGAGAAACUAAAGAAAGGGAAGAAAAAGGCUGAAGAGGAUUUGGAUAGUCUAAAAACAGAUUAUAAGAAGUUACAGUUGUCGAUAAGAACUACCGGUUUGGGUAAAUAGUCGGAGUAGUGGUGACAAGAGAUCAAGAAAGAAAGAACUAAGGCUGAUAAGUGGGAAAAAGAAUUUCAAGACGCUCGAGCUCGAGAAAGCAUUUUGGAGAAAAGCUUGUCAGAAUGCCAAAAUGAAAAAGCAGGAUUAAAAGCUCGGGUGGCAGAGCUAGAAAAGUCACUUCACCUGUACCGUAGUCGCAACUCCGCAAUCGAACUGAGGGCGAGUUUGAAAAAGAUCGAUGAAUUGAAUGGAAAGAUAGGAGAGCAUGAGGAUGCAUUGUAAAAUUCUGAAUUGCAAGUGGAGCUUCUUCAAAGGAGUAAUGAGCAAUGGCAAGAGCAAUUCCAUCGUUCUCAAAGUCAGAUUAGAGAAAGGGACUAUAUUAUGGGAGAAGCUGUAACUCAAGUGCGGGAAAUAGCCGAUCAUUUGCAAACCUUAGUGGUUCAGGCUGAUGAAUUGAGUUUAAAGUAUGAAUCAAAAUUGAGACGAGGUCGAGAUUUAUCUUGGCUCCUUAGGAAGGUUAAGGCUUUAGGUAUAAAAGCAAAGCCGUAUAUGUAAUCCAUUUCAUGUAAAGGAAUUUGUUUUCUAGUCGAGUUUUUCUAAUGAAAUUGAAUUAGAAUCAA